CACCGCCUCUACGGCACCACUUCUGCGGAAAAGCUGCACUCAGGAAGAGCAGACACAUUCCACCUCGUGUUUUCACAUUUUUAACCGAGCCUUCAAGGUAAGAAAAGGUUUCCAGCUAUAACACAGGACAGUAUAUUGUCUUUAUACUUAAGGUUUGAUUAAUAAUGCUGACGUUUAUCCACCCACCUGUACGUAGUUAACUAUCGAAAGGGGACCUAACUAACCUGAUGCGCAUUUAGAUGAUACCAAGAGGGGCGUGUCACUGUACGAAAUAUCGGCAGUGAUGUUCUAUUAAGUGACAGAAGCUGGUAUCUGCCUCUUUACCUCUCAGGUUUCCUUAUAUUUGUCAGUUUUUGUGAAAUAGAGUGGUUAAAACAGAGGCUGCUUGGCAGUAAGGGAAGUUCCCUACUUGUUGCAGCUACACCGCAGUUGUCAAAUCUCAGAUUUUAUGAAUGAUGGAUCAUCAUCGGCAUGUGAUGAAUCACUUUUGUCUGUAGUUCUGUAUAAAGCAUCUCUAUGUUAUUUUAUCCUUUAAACUAAAGCAACCUGUCGGUGAUUUCCCCACUGCUGAAGAUGGUGUUGUUGGUUGAUGUAAUAUACGCAGUGUUACACAAGUCCUCACGCAUGCCUCCCGUGGCGACCAUCUUCCAGACAACAGCGUGUACCAUAGAUGAAGGUCUGGUGCAGGAAAUGCAAGGCAGGCCCAUUAGGAUGCUGAUGUCCUGAGAGGAUAGAGCUGCCUGCAGCUAAAAAUAAAUUUCCAAUUGAGUUUUGGAACUUCUCCCAGAUAUGUAUUAGAGGCACUUUAAUAAUCAUGUGCAAUUGUGUAUAGAUUGCAUUUUCUGAUCAAAUCAAACUAAUGCUGUAUUUGGUACACACAUGGGGAUGAGUCACCCGCAGUCUUUAAAAGUUAUAGAAGAUCAGUUUACUGCUGUAGAAACAACAUAUAACUCCAUCCAAGUAAAACCUCUUCAUCGUGUGUGGAAAGAUAAGGUUAUAAAGUUUGACCAGAUCUUAUAUUGUAAAAUUAGAGAAAGAACAGACACUAGAUGUAUUCUCAGUCACAGCAGUGAUACUUGAUCUACCCCAUGAGGGCUCAAGGCCCCAUGGCCAGUUUGUGAUCAUAUACUUACUUGGGAAUGUGAUUAUGUAAGAAUACAUAACUCAGUUGCGGUUGUCCAGCUGUGAUGAGUAGCUACUUAUUUUAAGUCCCCGAGAUCCAUCUAAUCCAAAGUUUGACACAAAACAUCCACUUUCCUUUCUUUCUAACUUCAUCGCCUUAAAGUUCUCUUAGCUGCUAAUAAUCCCUCUUGUAAUCCUCAUUCAGUCAUGCUUCGUUUGUAAUUUGUCUGGUUUAUACAGCAUAAUUCAACAGUACUGAACUCAUAGAUUAAUCCCUCACUGUAAGAUCAUAAAGGCUUGUCAUGUGGAGAACAGACCCAGCUCACCUUCAGGGUCAGCUGCUGGUGUGCUGUAAGCUUUCAGCUCGCCUCUGAGUGACAGAUAAUUGGAUAACAGGAUAUUAGGUAUGUCUGUCCUACUUUCUAUAGCCUGGUAUUGUGUGUGAGCCCACCAUGCAGAGGUCUUAAAUACCCUCUGAAGGAAGGAAUUACAGUCCAUUAAUCCUGGCGGAGACUCCUCUACGUGCUUGUCUCCACAUCACAGAGAAGCAGCCGAGUCAUGCUGAUGGUGUAGCCUGUAAAAGUGAGCCUUCAACCAUGCCCAGAUCAGGAAACACUGAAUGUAGAGAGUGACGUCAGCAGGGGGAUAGUCUGAGCUGCACAGAGACAGGCUGCAGUACUUACACAGUCACAGGUUGCCAUGGAGACCCUUAGAGGCGCUGUGGGGCAGGAAAUGCUGUCUGUGAACCACUUAAGAAAGUGAACUUGAAGCGGCUGGUAGACUGGUAGAUCUCCUAAAGUGAAGAAGGAACUUGUGGUUUGCUGAAAUAAGAGUUUUUGGAGUUGAGCUGAAAAGGGGAAAUCCACGUUUGUUUCAUUGUUGGCUCAGAAAGCCAAAAAAUUACAGAUUUGUGUCACAAUUAUAACGUAACACCUUUCACUUACUCCCCCCUUUUUUCCCCUUAUGCUCCAUCUUCUCACAGAUGUCCACCAAGGAGAAGCUGAUUAGCCAUGUGAUGAAGGAGGAGCCUGUUGGCUGCAGGAACAAGGUGACUGUGGUGGGCGUAGGCAUGGUGGGCAUGGCCUCCGCCAUCAGCAUACUGCUUAAGGUGAGAAAUAAAGAAGAAAGAAGGUGUCAAAUGGAAAGAAAGGACUGAGUGUCUGUUGAAACUGUGUGGCAUUGCUGUAACAAUGAAAGCCAUCUUGAGUCAUUUUCUCCGGAAAGAACGUGCUGACUCAUCCUAAACCUUCUGUAACACUCAACGGGGAUAACAAAACUGUCACGCAAACUUGACAGGAAGCACUCCUUCAUUUAGUACUGCACUAUUCAAAACUAUGAAGCUGGAUUUGUUCCAGCACUAGAACAGAGGAGGGGAAAGCAGAUCCUAGCUCUCAUGACUUCCUGUGCAAUGAGAUAUAGAUUUUUUUUUUCCCCUUUUCUUUUUUUUCUGCUCAUGUUGAAACUUGUUAGUAACACACGUCAGCCUGACUGCAGCUUUGUUCAGAUAAUAGACUCAGUGUGAGAGACUUAUUUCAUGUCUGUUCAUAAUCAGGACCUUUGUGAUGAGCUGGCCUUGGUUGAUGUGAUGGAGGACAAGUUGAAGGGCGAGGCCAUGGACCUUCAGCAUGGAUCCCUCUUCCUGAAGACACACAAGAUUGUUGCUGACAAAGGUGAAAACACACAUUAAAAGUACCACCACCACCACCACCUUUUCCUAUUAAAAUGAACAUUUUAAUUCUCAUGAGUCACUUGACCCCAAAGUGAACCCGCUUUUCUGUGGCACUGUUUGAAAGUCUCUGUGUUUUGUGGGUUUAUUAGACUACAGUGUGACAGCCAACUCCAAAGUGGUGGUGGUGACAGCCGGUGCCCGCCAGCAGGAGGGCGAGAGCCGUCUGAACUUGGUUCAGCGUAAUGUCAACAUCUUCAAGUUCAUCAUCCCAAACAUUGUCAAGUACAGCCCCAACUGUAUCCUGAUGGUGGUCUCCAACCCAGGUAAGACCGACUGACUGUAAGGGGAGUGGAAUUUGAUACGUGCAAACUUGGGGUCAUAAUGUCUAAGAGUUGUCCCCUCUCAUCCUUGACCUCCCCAGUGGACAUCCUGACCUAUGUGGCCUGGAAGCUGAGCGGUUUCCCCCGUCACCGUAUCAUCGGCUCUGGCACCAACCUUGACUCUGCCCGUUUCCGCCACCUCAUGGGGGAGAAGCUCCACCUCCACCCUUCCAGCUGCCACGGCUGGAUCAUUGGGGAGCAUGGAGACUCCAGUGGUAUGCAGCCCAUGCUAAAAAUAAGAUCUCUUUAGGACUAGCCUUUAAAUGUACCUCCUUGUUGGCCUGGAAAUAAUAUUUUACAACCUUAUUUUCAUGUCACGUUCAAGAAGAACCAGUUUAUCUCUAAUUAUGAUCUGUCUGUUUUCUUCUAGUGCCUGUAUGGAGCGGCGUGAACGUUGCUGGAGUUUCCCUGCAGGGCCUCAACCCACAGAUGGGUGCUGAAGGUGACGCUGAGAACUGGAAGGAGGUGCAUAAGAUGGUGGUCGAUGGGUGAGUAGAAAUAAUCUCCAGCACUCCACUCGUUCAGGUUCUGAAAGCACUCCCUGAACACCGAUUCAUCUCUCUCACAUUCAUCUAUUUGAUUUGCAAAUCAAGCAGCCAUGUGAGAGGAGAGGCCAUCUGUCCAGCACUGACUGGGGAACAAUCAAUGUUAUGUUUUAUUAAAACAGAUGUUAAAAUUUAAUGGUCUUUACCUCAAGUUACCUACAGCGACCUAAAAAAAAUCCCAACAGGCAUGUUUGAAUCUGGGGACUCUGACAAGCCCUGAUGAGGAAUUUGGUCAUGGCUGUGAGCCAAAAGACAAGCGGAGGUGGGUCCACGGUGCACAGCUGUGUUUAGAGUUCAGUGUCCGGCCUGGCAGCCUCUACAUAAACAAAAACUAUGAUGCUCCCUCUAAUUUGUCCGAAACUCAUACUCCUGACCUCAGUCACAAUCCCAGGUGUGCCUCAGUGAAAAACUUGACAAUAAUAGACCUGUCCAUUUUAACUCAUACACAUUGUCUUACCUGUUUUUCUGUGCUUCAAUAUAGAGUUGAGACAUUUGUUCAAAAGUUACAGGUUGAGAAGUUCACCUCAAAAUCUUGUCAGUCAAACUUGUUUCACAAUUGCCAGGGAUUUAGGAAGGUCAACCGUGUACGACACAAUGGUCGAGUUAUCAAACAUGUUUACAAAGGUUUGAGGAAAGAAUAGAGGGUUUCACAAGACAAGGGGAACACAAUGAAUAUAAUGCACAAUGCACAUGUCAACAGAAAGGAGGUGAAUGAUUCUUAGACUUUUUUUCAAGUGUGAAAUCUUUCAAUCUGAUAAACACAGUUACGUUUCACCUUUCUAUUCAUGUUCCCUUUUUUAUAGUUUUUUCACUCACCAAACUGGUCUUGAAAUGUCCAGAACUAGUUUUACAACAGUCUGCUGCCAUCUGAAGUGUACUCACUUGGCUCACAUAUACCAGAUUUGUUUGCUCUGCAUACACACACUUUUUACAUUCAGUUUGCAGGGCUGAGAUUGGUGACUAAAACGACAGACUUCCUCAAAUAAAGAUGCAUCAGGAACUGAACGAACACGUAGGCAGCGAUCAAUUAAGUGUCUGUGCGAUGGUGACAAACAGAUUAAUUCUCAUGACGACGUCUGGAGAGAAGAUAGAUGAGGGAUUUUAGAGGAAAAUGACAAAGCAGGAAGACGACCGGAGUGGGCAGACAGCUUCAUUUUCUUUGUCAUUUUCUUUUUCAAAGUUUCAGGAGAUCUUUUAUGGUUUUAUCUAGAGAUAGGACAAUGAAUAGAGUAAGAUACUUGGAGGAAUAAGUAGGCAAUGAAUGUCACAGGGUUCCUACGCAAGUAUGGAAAUAAAUUUGAUCAAUUUCCAGGUCUUAAAAAGUAUGAAAAAUAAAGAAUGGAAAAAUAUUUGUGUUUUCAGACCAGUACCACAGUUCUAAAAUACUUUUUUCUAAAAUAGAAAAGUAGGUUUUUCCAAAAAUAAUUCUAAAGAUCAGGCCAUGGGGAAGUAUGGAAAUCCCAAUUGUGUAGAAACCCAGGUAAAGGAACACACAGAGGAGUCAAACCUUGGCCAUCUCUAAGCUAAACCAGCGUCCAGACAGCUUGAUUUCCUCUUUAGAUAAAGACAUGUGCUGCUCUAACUUGUAUUGUUGUCAUUUUAUGUGUUUACUACAGAGCCUAUGAGGUUAUUAAGCUGAAGGGCUACACCUCCUGGGCCAUCGGUAUGUCUGUGGCUGACCUGGUGGAAAGCAUCAUUAAGAACCUCCACAAAGUGCACCCCGUGUCCACACUGGUCCAGGUGAGAAGAUUGAACCCUAACAUUAACCGACUUACUUGUAUUUUUCUCUAAAUGCUUCAAAACCACCCACCAAUCCUGACUCGGCUGUCUUCUGAUCGUCUUUAGGGCAUGCAUGGAGUGAAGGAUGAGGUGUUCUUGAGCGUCCCCUGUGUCCUUGGCAACAGUGGCCUGACUGAUGUGAUUCACAUGACGCUGAAACCCGAUGAGGAGAAGCAGGUGCAGAAGAGCGCUGAGACCCUGUGGGGCGUACAGAAGGAGCUCACCCUGUGAAGAGCUGUCCUCUGAAUCCUCACGCUGCAACCACACCCAGCACUGUGUGGUUCGACUCCCUCCUACUGUACCCCCCUGUGUCCCUCACCGCAAAGGGCAAAUGAAACCGGAGAAUAUCUAAAACGGUGUCUGUAGCUUAAGUAGCAGGGUGCUAGAUGUUACCUUUGGAUAUUCAAACAUGGUUGUAGUUUUCCUUUGCUGCUUCUCACCUGUCCUCCUGCCUCCAUAACCGAAUCCUCAAACACUUCACAUACUUUUAGCCUGUGUUGAAGAGUGGAUUACCUGUUUGUCCUCUACAGACAAGAAAACUCAAGCCUUAGCGCAUUGAGCGUAUAUACUCCAUGUACUGUAUGUUAGUGUGUCCUGUUGCUGCUUCUUCUGUCCACUCCCUGCCUGUAAACCCUGUAUUUCAUGUGGUUGUUACCGGUUGUUGUUUUUUUUUUCCACUUGGUUAUCUCUGUCUAUUUGGAUUAUAAUGGAGACAUUCCAUUCUCUGUGAGGAGGGCUUCCUACCCACUGACAGCCAUAACAACAAAGCUGCAUAUAUCACAAGGCCAAACCCCUGUGAUACCAAAGUACCUUAUCAUUUGAGAAAAGAAAAAAAAAAAGCAAUGCUGCGUCUACAGGUUGGCAUUGGAGCCUUUGUACACCUCCUAAACCACAAGUGCACUGACAGAAACAAACAAACCAUUUAGAGGUCAAGGUUUUAGAAAGAAGCAACAGGUUGCAUUAGAGUUAAAGUAGUGAAAUGCUGAUAUAUCAAAAAGAUAAGAGAUCCAAUGGGAAAGAGUCAGCUAUAAUUAUGGCCAAUCGGGUUAUCAUAAAAAAGGUAACAACCUCAAAAACGGUGUCAUUUGUGUUCGCACCCUAACACCCUCAAAGGGUUUUAUAUUUAUUUUACUUCACUAAGUCUGGAAACAUCAAGAGAAUGAAGUAUAGUAUUAUUUAUAACUGUUAAUGCUGUCGAGAUCUAUUUAUGUAUUAAUGUUACAUUAGAUGAGGUCAAUGAACCACCUGACUGACUGGCUAAAGAACUGUACCUGUCAUGGCAGCUGGAUAUAUCCAUUUUUAUUUGCUGUAACACCAAAUAAAUCUGCCAGGAUAGAUAAAAGAAAAAAAA